AUCUCUUUUACCUUUGCUUUCAAUCGCGCAUUCAUAACAUCACUUCCUCUCGCUCAGUGUUGUACGUAAACAACAUGCAGUGAACGAAGAUCGCGCAGUAACAGAUAAUCAAUCUGUUGUACAAAUCGUAUCUUGAUUGCCAAUUGUGCCAAAACCGUAAACUGAUAAAGGUGUAACUCCACAGUGACCCGUGUGACCGCGAAAACGCAUCAGCAUGGUUGAUGCUGCCUACUUACGAAAGGGGGAACUCCCGGAAGCACACUAUUUGGAAACGCUCGAAGAAGGUGCCAACAUUUCGGUGGAUUACGGUGACAUCGAAUUACCCGAAUGGUACGACGAGGCGAAGGUUAAAAGGGCACAGGAGUUUUUCAAGCGCAACUUUUACGCCAUGUUUGUCGGGAAGCUGUGCGGGCUGCUUGCCAUCGUGACGGUGCCAUCGAUUUUGCGCAUCUUGGUACACACGAAUCAGUCUUCCGAACCGCGAUCGGCAUAUCGGCGUUAUGUGGCAACCGUAAUGCAUACACUGGAAUGGUACUACGAGGAUCUGAUUCCUACCUCGAGAUCCUGGAAAUCGAUCAGCUUUGUAAGGAAGACACAUGCCGGCGUAAGCAAACAGGCAGCAACCGUUCGAUCGGGAAUGAUCAUUUCCCAGCGCGACAUGGCGAUCACGCAGUUCGGCUUCGUUGGUUACGCCAUGAUUAGCUACCGCAAGCUUGGUAUACAAUUCGAUCCGAAGGAUAUGGAAGCUUUCGUACACUUUUGGCGCGUUAUUGGACACAUGAUGGGGAUCGAGGAAAGAUUCAAUGCAUGUACGGAUCGGUUCGAAACGACCGAACAGCGGAUGACAUUGAUAGCGAACGAAAUAUUAAAACCAGCACUACUAAACCAUACGGCCGAGUUUGUGAAGAUGGGUAAAGCUCUCAUCGAAGGUUUGUGGUGUUUUAAUCCAUUUAUCGAGUACGAUAGCUUCUUGUUUUUGACGAUGCGGCUCAACAAUAUACCCGGCUACCACUACUGGGACGAUGAGGUAACAGCUGAUGGAAAGGAAAGCAAGGGAAAGGUACGCUAUUACGAGCAUUUUAGCCGCUAUGCCCGGUUUCUGCUGUACUGUGUGUGUUACAUUCAUUCGGUACUGCUUAAUAUUGCCCUGUUCCGGUGGUACUUUAACUCGCAGAUGGUUGUCUCACGGUUCUUGAUCACGUACUUUCCAUUUCUUGCCUUCUAUCAGUUUGGGGUGACAGAUUCGUACGUUAGAAUUUUAAAGUAACACGUGACGUUAUUUGACUUGGAACGGAAGCUGUUGUAGUUGUUUGUUUCUAUUGUUAUUUAAACUGUUACAGAUCACCAUAACAAAGCUCCCAGUGGGCUUAUGUUUUUUUAGGCAAAAAUUUCUCAUUUCUAACGUUAAGCAAUACACCCUCAAGACCCUUUCCUCUCUGUUAUAUAUUCCCCUAUUUAUGUACCAUUGAUGAAUAAAUUAUAAUAUACAUCAACA